AUGAUAACACAAUGAACAAGGGUUAUAAAUGAUUUUUACUCUUUUUAUACGUCAGAUAUUAUAAUUCGGAAAUUCAAAAAUUAGUUACAACAUAGAGUAGAGAGAUAGAUUUUAGGGCCAAUCGUUUCAAAACUGGUGCGGCUGCUUUCCCCAGUCGAUUCAAAUCUGACAUACCAAAUUGGAGCCCAUCUUCAGUUCUUAUUUGUGUACUUUUCGAAACUCUCUUCAGAAUUGUAUCCGGUGCGGAACAUAAGAAGACGGUGAAAUGGGAGCCUCCAGUGGGCCAAGGCUUUCUGGAAUGCAGAGACAAGUACUUAGUCUAUACAGAGGGUUCUUGCGGGCAGCUCGUUUAAAAUCUGCUGAAGAUCGACACAAGAUUGAGUCACUUGUGUCGAAUGAGUUCCGCCACAAUGCCAAGAAUGUAGACCGCAAGAAUUUUCUUUACAUUGAGUACUUGGUUCGCCGCGGAAGGAAACAGCUUGAUCAGCUCAAGAGCCCCGAUACUGUUGGAUUAUCAGCCCUGAAUGUGAGUUUCUCUGAAACGAAACGUCCUACGCAUUGAAGUAAGCGUUUGAUAUUUGUAUCUACUUGCUGAGAUAGAUUUGAUUUCAUCCAUCUUUAUAAAAGAGUACGGUAGGAAAAGAAAUACUUGAUCUGAAUCACUAUCGAGAAAUUCUAAACUGUGCAAUAUUUGAUGACCGUGGUCCUCUGAGGCAAUGUGUAUUGAUUACCUUUGUUAUCAUAAUAAUAUCUUAGAGUGACUUUAUUGAUA